AUGUUUAGGUCAAGUCAGCAGGUUUACAAUGUGACACUCUUCUUUCUUUUCUUCAUGUCGUUCUACGGAUUCCUAGGUGUUCAGCUUUUCGGAGAUCUGCACAAUCAUUGCGUUCGUGAAUGUGUUCAGGAUCCCAACGAGGUUACAAUCAAUGACCUGACUAUUCCUGACACAUAUUGCAAGGAGGAGACAGAGGAAAAAUACGGAUACGAUUGCCCAGACGGAUUUAAGUGUAUGAAUCUGUCUAACAGGAGUAAAUACGACAUUGGGUUUACGGGGUUUGGAGAUCUAGCGUUGAGCGUGUUUACAGUUUAUCAAGCAGCUUCCCAGGAGGGUUGGGUGUACAUCAUGUACAGGGCAACUGAUUCACUUGAUCCUUGGAAAUCUUCCUUCUACUUUAUCACAAUGAUCUUCUUCCUGGCGUGGAUGGUGAAGAAUGUCUUUAUUGCGGUCAUCACGGAGAUGUUUAAUGAGAUCAGAGUUCAGUUCCAGCAAAAGUGGGGAGAAAGGGAGCAUAUUGGAGGAGGGGGAACCUUGCAGGUUCUUCAAGCAGAUUCUAAACACAAACAUAGAUGGCAGCUUGUGACAGUAGAUGAAUUCCGACUAAAGGGUUGGGCUCCACAAUUCUGCCAUUCUAUUCUUAGUUCUGCAGUUUAUCAUAUUAUUGUGAUGACUGUUACCGUUGCAAAUGCUAUUGUCACUGCUACAAUAAGUUUCCAGGUAUUAAAGCUUGAGAUAGGAUUUGUAAUAUUCUAUAAUCUUGAGGCUGUGUUUAAAAUAUUUUGUCUGAGUUACAAAGGUUACAUAUCUCGCACAAUGCACAAGUUUGAGUUCUUGCUUGCUAUAAUGACAACAGUACAUGUUAUGCCAGGCUUGUUUUUGACGCCAAUAUCGAUCUUCCAAGUGCUACGUGUGGUUCGUCUGGUUAAGGCAUCUCCAAUGCUUGAAGAUUUCGUUUACAAAAUAUUUGGUCCUGGCAAGAAGUUGGGAGGUCUGAUCCUAUUCACACUCUUCCUCCUCCUCAUCACCUCAAGUAUUUCAAUGCAGUUGUUCUGCAAUCUGAAGGAAGAUGAUGGGCAAACCUUUCUUGAAAACUUUUCAACCUUUCCGUUUGCCUUUAUGUCAAUGUUCCAGAUUUUAACCCAGGAAGCAUGGCCUGAAGUGAUGUCUAAAACAAUGCGCUUAACUCCAUAUCAGAUAACACCACUUGUUGCUGUUUACUUCAUACUAUACCAUCUCUUUGUAACCCUGAUUGUCAUGAGCUUCUUCGUAGCGGUUAUUCUUGAUAACCUUGAGCUGGAUGAAGAUGCUAAGAAGAUAAAGCAGCUGAAGCUCAGAGAAGAUUCAUCUGAUAUUAAGGAAGAUCUUCCGCUCCGUCUCAGAAUAUUUGAAAAAUUUCCUGAAAGACCUCUGAUGGCAAGACUUAAUAAGACUCCCUCUGACUAUGUAGUUCCAAAGAUAAGAGAGAGUUUUCUUUCCAAGUUUUUUUACCAAACAGAUGAGUUCACAGAAAAAGAUGAUCUUAACUAUUGCAUUCAGCCAUCUUUAAGUGAUCCAAAUGUAAGGUAUCGUAAAAAUGCCUCUGCACACUUGAUGUCCAAUGUUAAACCAAUGUUGAGAAAUUCUAAGUUUGUGAAAAAACAAACUCUGGAGCGAAUCAUCCAAUCUGUUCGCAGAUCUGUCCGCGGGGGAUCACAAAUUUUCAAGCAAAGACCUGGAACCUUUAGAAUUAAUGAGACGAUUAAGGAAAAUGGACAUAUAGGCUUGCCACAAGCACCCAUCAACAACUCUACGUCCAACCCAAAUGCAACUAGAACCCAAAACCUUGAUAUCAAAUUGAUACAAGCCAAACAUCAGCAGGCUGAAAUGAGAAGAAAUAGAAAAGAAGAGGAUUUGAGAGAAAAUCAUCCUUACUUUGACUGUCCCUUAUUUGCUGUGCCAAGGGAAAGCAAAUUUCGGAAAGUGUGCAGAAGUAUUGUUAAUGCCCAUUAUGAUGCUCAGCUAAGAAAUGCCCAGACAGGAAAAGAACGAAAAGUAAGAUUCAAAACAAUGCAUAAACUCCUUGGCCUAGUGUCCUACCUGGAUUGGAUAAUGAUAAUUGUUACAACAUUGACCACUAUUUCUCAACUGUUUGAAACUCCCCAUUACAGGGUGAUGUCAAAUACUGAAUUACAGAUUGCUGAUUACAUCUUUGUAACUGCCAUGGCCAUUGAGCUUACUGUAAAAAUACUGGCAGAGGGCUUGAUUUUUACUCCAAAUGCUGUGCUUAGAGAUGUAAGUGGAAUGCUUGACGUCCUAAUAUUCAGUGUAAACUUAGUUUGGGUAGCUUGGAUGCCAAUGGAAGUCAAACCAAGCUCUAUUGCUCAGAUGUUUAUGAUUUUACGAUGCUUCAGACCUUUAAGAAUAUUUAUUCUUGUUCCGCACAUGAGAAAGGUGGUUUCUGAGCUGUGUAAAGGUUUUAAAGAGAUAUUUUUGGUGGCUGUCCUGCUUAUAGUUCUUAUGUUUAUCUUUGCAAACCUUGGAGUUCAUUUGUUUGGCAUGAAAUUUGCUGCUUGCAACGAUGCCACAAUCACAAAUCGAACAGAGUGUCAUGGUCUAUACUUUGCCAAACUAUUUGUUACAAAGAUGAAUCUACCACUCAGGGCAGGUUCUGAACAUCCUGCCCUAUUGGCACCAAGAGUAUGGAAAAAUCCACGAAGAUUUAAUUUUGACAACAUUGGAUCUGCUAUGCUGGCAUUAUUUGAAGUUCUUUCCUACAAAGGCUGGGUGGACCUAAGGGACGUGAUUGUUGCAAAGAUGGGACCAGCGUAUGCUUUAUACAUUCAUUUAUAUGUUUUCCUUGGCUCUAUGAUUGGACUUACACUGUUUGUUGGGGUCGUUAUUGCAAACUAUCGAGAAAACAAAGGAACAGCCCUCCUCACCGUUGACCAGAUGCGAUGGAGUGAUCUAAAGAAAAGAUUAAAAAUAGCCCAACCACUUCAUGUUCCUCCCAAACCAGAAAACAAUGUCCUGCAAGCCUGCAUUUAUGAUAUUACUCAAAACGUUUACUUUAAAAGAUGUAUUGCCUUGUUGGUUCUAGUGAACUCUUUACUGCUGUGCGUCAACUGGCAAGAAGAAAUCAGAGGAAAUGGAUAUAUCACUAAAGCUGCCUCUAUCCUUACUAGCCUUUUUGUUAUUGAAGUCUGUAUGAAGCUGAUCGCCUUCAGCCCUCAUGGCUAUCUUCACUCCUCGAGAAACAAAAUAGAUCUAAUUGUUACUCUUCUCGGUGUAAUAUGGAUCUUCCUUCAUUAUUCUUUGCAAGCCAGUAAUGAAACUAUUAUAAUAUUUGGUUACUUAUCAAUCAUUCUCAGAUUUGCAACUAUUACUGGCAAGCAUGCUACUUUAAGCAUGCUAAUGCAAACAGUAGGAGUUUCAGUCUACAAGAGUUUUUUCAUCAUCAUGGGAAUGUUUACUUUGAUCACCUGCUAUGCUCUGAUUGGAGUUAUUCUCUUUGGUAAUCUCAAGUAUGGAGAGGCAAUAAAUCGUCAGGCUAACUUUAGCACGGCCGGCAGAGGCAUAGUUAUGCUAUUCCGGAUCGUGACAGGGGAGGACUGGAAUAGGAUUCUACAUGACUGUAUGCAGAAACCACCAGCUUGCACCUACAGAAGCUCUCAAAACUUUUGGGAGACAAACUGCGGAAACUUUACAGGAGCGUUACUUUUCUUUUGUUCUUUUUAUGUGAUAAUCACCUACAUUGUGCUAAACCUGCUGGUAGCCAUCAUCAUGGAGAAUUUCUCCUUGUUUUAUUCUAACGAAGAAGAUGCUUUACUCUCCUACGCCGACAUAAGGAAUUUCCAAACUACCUGGAAUCUGGUCGAUGUGAGCCAGCGAGGGACUAUUCCGGUCAGGCGGGUAAAGUUCAUUCUCAGAUUAUUGAAAGGCAGACUGGAGGUUGAUACACAAAAAGACAGACUCCUUUUCAAGCAUAUGUGUUACGAGCUUGAACGGUUACAUAACGGAGAGGACGUUACGUUUCAUGAUGUACUUAGCAUGUUAUCCUACAGAUCUAUAGAUAUUAGAAAAGCACUACAACUUGAAGAAUUGUUAGCAAGAGAAGAAUUAGAAUAUAUAAUUGAAGAAGAAGUUGCGAAGCUUACAAUUAGGAGAUGGUUAGACGGCUGCUUGAAGAGAAUCAGAGAGAGAGAACAAACUUUACUGGCUGGUCUUAGGUUAAUGAAUGAGCCUACGGUUUCUAGCCUUAAACCCGUUAGUGAGGAUAUGGAAGACGAGCAGACCCAAGAAAAUGCUGAAGAACCUAGAGAGGAAACUAUCCAAGAGAGAACUGACGAGGUGGUCCCUGUAACCCGAACUGAUAGUGUGAAUAGUGCUAGUAGAAGAUAUUUAAACCCCCCAGCAAACCUACCANAACUGUUGAAUCUCUAA